UUAAAUGUGUAUUGGGAAAAGAAUAAUUUUAAAGAAGCUUAGUAUUGAGAGUCUGGCAAAGAAAGGGCUGAGAUUAGAGAGCUGAUUGGUAAAAAUAAAGAAAUAAAUAGAACAACAGUCAGAAAGAAAAACUGAAGACUCCUGUUUUUAUUCUACAGGUGUGUUUACAGGCUACAGCAAUGGAAACUUGGUCAGUUGGUCAGGUCUGCAGUUGGUUGGUGGAGAAAAACUUAGGAGAGCUAGUUCAUAGGUUUCAAGAGGAAGAAGUAAGUGGGGCCGCUCUUCUAGCGCUUAAUGAUCGGAUGGUUCAGCAACUAGUAAAGAAAAUUGGGCACCAGGCUGUUCUAAUGGAUUUAAUUAAAAAAUAUAAGCAGAAGAGUCAAGAACUGAAGUCCCCUGGAGAAACAGCCCCGGUCACGCAAGCAGAAGCACCGCCAGAGGAUGAACAGUCCUCCAGUCCAGCCAGUCGUGGGGAGCAGAUGCCAUCUUUCUAUCCAGUUGAAAACCAUAAUAAUGAUCUGAUUGACCAAAGAGUACUGAAACAGAGAAGGAAUGUGAAACAGGUUCUAACAGGGAAUAAAGCCUUACAAUGGACUAAGUCCUAUGUUUUACCAGAGUUUCCUUAUGAUGUCAAAUGCAUGUUAGCAGAACAGAAGUGUCCUGAUCACAGCAUGAGGAUACGGAUCAUUGAGUUUCUCCAGGCUGACAUGACGAAGUAUCUGGAAGGCUCGCUGUACCCCACCACCCAGCAGUAUAACGACGUGGUCAGUGCCCUGCUGCAGGCCCACCCUUUCCUGGAUGAGGACGGCUGUGGCUUUUUUUUAUGGAAACGAGCCCUCAAAGAUCGUUUUAAAUAUGUUCGAAGACCCAUAGAAGAUGAUGAACAAGUGAUGAGAAAUAAGUGUAAAUUUGGACACCGAAGAGGCCAGACAAGGAAAUCUCUUGCUGAUACAAGAUUUGAUGAAAUUAAAAUUGUCCAGAUAAAAGAGGAAGCUGUUUGUUUAGAUUAUGAGGUAGAUGAACAUAUUAACUGGUUCUAGCAAGAAUAUGUGAAAACAGAAAAGGACUGGAGUGAAAUUGAUAAGAGGAUGAGCCAGACUUUGGAAAUAAGAAGAAAGUUGAUCGGCGGCAGAACACCUCUCAAGGACAUCCUUAAAAUGUUUCCUUUCCUGAAGUGCCCCUAUCAGCUGUUCAGAGAAUUCCAACUUCUUACAAGAACAGAUAUUUAUAAGAAAACAAGGCACAUUUUGGAAUCCUAUUCAGAAAAUAUACUGGCUUCUUUUUCUUUGGUGGACAAUCCAAUCAAUAUUGCAUUGCAAGAAAAAAUGAAACAGCACACGGAUGAAGACAUGUUGAAACAUAUGAAGAUGACAGCCACCUGUUUACUCCUACCAGAUGUUUUCGGGGAGGAUCCCAGCCUUUUUGUCAUUGUGAAUGAGAAGGUGCAAGUGUCCACACCCGUGUUAGAAGUUAAACCUUUCAACAUGGAUGUCUGUGAAUUUUCUUUGUAUUUAGAAAAAGAGAGACUCACGAAGGUGGAUGACUGUAUUACAGCCUUGGCCACUCUCAUAGGCUUCCAUGUAUUUGGGAUCGAGUGUCCAAGAAGACUGUCCCAAACCCUCAACUUCCUAGAGACACUGAUUUUUGAUACGCACAGUCCAUAUUUUCCUUCUGUGAAAGGAAAGGAAAAGGAAGUAGGAUUUCAACACCCAGUCACUUAAUAGCAUGCCAAAUAUUUUAUCAGAAUUGAUCUCUGGGAUGGCUGAAACUAUUAAAGAUUGUUUUGAUUUA